AUGCCGACCGCCGACGCGCCCAAGCUCCAACCGCCCAUGGAGGCCGCCAACAACUUGAAUCCCGACUCCGACCCCGCAUUCUCCCAGGUCGGCGCUGGUGCGGGUGCGCAGGGCACAGAGAGGAUUGUCACGAAGCAGCCGAAAGCUGAGCCCCUCCCGACCAUGAACAUCGACGAGCAUGAGCUGGGCCUCCGCGGCGGGCGGUUCAUGCUGGGCUGCACGUGCUGUGACGGGAUGUGCUCGUUUCAUAAGGGCUGUUGCUAG